AGGCGGAGUCAGCUACACCACACACCACACCAUAGUGACUAUCCAUACACACCUCCAGCAUUUUCCCAUUCUCCAAUAAGUACGUACCUCGCCUUACCUUCAUUUUCGACAGAAGAGGCUUGGGUUGAGUCGACUGGCCCCUCUUGCGUUUCCUUGUCCGAUGGCAGCAUGCAAGUCGGUCAGCCUGAUUCGGCCAACUGCAUACUCUUCCAAGUAUUCAUUGCAUGUGUCGCUCAACUCUGGAUGGUCUACCGACUAGCGUUUUUGUCUCGGCUUUGGUCCGAUGGACGUCAAAUCAGCAUUUCUCGCGAACAAGAGAUGACUGCAAACUUUGCUGUCCUGGUAUCGGGCGAUGUCGAAUGGGUGAGGGAGAAUUCGAGAAGAAGGCAAUCGCAUCCGCGGCCAGUAUGGAUGUCUGAUACCUGCCUUGUCCGCCUGUACGGUGCCGAUCCUACGCCAGUCGACCCGUAA